GGUUACGCCACUUCCGGCAAAACCGGCUGGGGGGGUGGACGCGGAGCCGGGGAUACUCCGAGCGGAGUGGUGGCCGUGGAAACCUCCUCGCUUCUUCCUCUAAACCCGCCUCCCUCCCUCACCUCCUCACCUCCCUUGUCUCCUUUGACAUCUUCCUUUGUACAGCAGACAAGAGCGAGGAGAGAGAGAGAGAGCAACCGAGUCUGGCCGAAGGACCCUGGGAGCUGCUGUUUUCUCCUCAAUUCCAUCCCACAGUUGACUCCAAUCAAGGAGGAGGCCAGUUUCCUGGGGUGAACCAGACUUGGUUGCUGCGGGAAGAGACUCUUGAGCGCGGGUUGUCCCAGCUCACCUUCGAGAGAUUGCGAAGAUGGCGUCGGGUGGAGGUGCCGGUGAAACCCAGAGGAGAAGGACGCUCUCUGGAACGUCGCAAUCUCGUAACGGCUUUUCCGCAGUGGCCGAGCAACGCGCGAUGCAGGCGCAGCGCACGCGCGAUCGCAAGGAGCGGGACGGGCUGGUGCUGUGGAGGCGGCCGUUCACAACCAUGAAAUACUUCCUACUCGAGUGCGGUCUGGAGACGUGCAAGUGGGCCAGUCGGCUGUGGGCACGGAGAGGUGUUGUAACGCUCUUCCUGCUGAUGCUCGCUGCUCUUACUGCUGCUUACUAUGCCGAGGGGGAGCACCAGGAGUUCGUACGGAGCACAGAGAAGAAGAUCCUGUGGUGUGCCUACUGGGUCGGCCUGGGCAUCUUAUCGUCGGUCGGGCUGGGCACGGGGCUGCACACCUUCCUGCUUUACCUGGGCCCCCACAUCGCGUCAGUGACGCUGUCGGCGUACGAGUGCGACUCGGUGGACUUCCCCGCGCCUCCGUACCCCGACGAGAUCAUUUGCCCAGAAAGCGAUGGACUCAACGUGCCCAUCUCUAUCUGGACCAUCAUGUCCAAAGUCAGGCUGGAGGCCUGCAUGUGGGGCGCUGGCACGGCUAUCGGGGAGUUGCCGCCGUACUUCAUGGCGCGGGCGGCGCGGUUGUCUGGGUCCGAGCCGGAUGACGAGGAGUACCAGGAGUUUGAGGAGAUCCUGGAGCACGCGCAGGACUCGCAACAGGACCUGGGCACGAGAGCCAAACUGGCCAUGCAGCACCUGGUGCAGCGUGUCGGAUUCUUUGGCAUCCUGGCAUGCGCCUCGAUUCCCAACCCGCUGUUCGACCUGGCGGGCAUCACGUGCGGCCACUUUCUGGUCCCCUUCUGGACGUUCUUUGGAGCAACGCUCAUCGGCAAGGCCAUCGUCAAGAUGCACAUACAGAAACUCUUUGUGAUCAUCUGCUUCAGCAAGCACAUAGUGGAGCAGAUCGUGGGUCUGAUCGGCUCCGUCCCGUCGGUGGGGCCGAUGCUGCAGAAGCCGUUCCGCGAUUACCUCGAGGCCCAACGACUCAAGCUGCACCACAAGCCCGGCGCCGCCUCCUCCCCGGGUGAUAGCUGGCUGUCGUGGGUCUUCGAGAAGGUGAUCAUCGUGAUGGUGUGCUACUUCGUGCUGUCCAUCGUGAACUCGAUGGCGCAGAGCUACGCCAAGCGUGUGCAGCAGCGUCACACCCUGGAGCAAAAGGAAAAAUGAUCGCCCAUCCCUCGCCCGACGCUCUCUCCUGCCAAAACCCGCCAUCGCGCCAAACACCGCUGUCCCGCCGGCCCGCUACUCCUGCCGACUCGCAAUCGAGAGCGUCUCUCCGACCGACUCGUCCCGCUCGUCGCCCACGCCCCAGGCCACACGCAGCUCCCUGUAACAAACAUCGCGAUGGAACGGUUUAGUGGUAAGUGAGGCAGGGGGGAAGGCUGGUCCCCCCCGGUGGCCACGGUGGGAGAGUAAAGGAAUUGAGUAAAAAGUAAAGAAACCUGAACACUGCCAUUAAUGAUGACGUGGAACAUUUAUGUAAAGAAGCAGCUUUUGUAGAAAGCUGUUUUUCCAAGGCUCCGAACCAAUUCCCGUGUAAAUUUCAAAUGUCUUUUAAACGCGACGUGUAUGCCGAGUGGCUUGCCAGAAAACGCAAGGUCCUUCUAAAACUGGAAAAGGUAGAUGUCGAAAAAGAAAAAACCUUGGUGAUGGGGAAGUCCGACUGAAAGGGCUUACUUGCCAGGCUUUUAGGCUUGAGGAGUGCAUUUAUAUCUCCGACACUAGAGGCAUCAACAAGCACCAUGGGUCUGCACCGGAUGAUAUCAUUAUUUAUGGGAUAACAGCCGCGGUAAUUCAUGCGCGAAAUCAAUGAUGACGACAGUUACUCCGACAUUCAAAAAUGUUUCACCCCCGCGUUAAACCGUCGUGUCUGCUUUCUCCACGGUGAUUGUAAACGGCUGCCCCACCGUGGUUUGUAGCCGUUCUUUAUUUCGGCGAAUUGAACGUAGAGUGGAAUAUUCUUUCUUCGGCAGUUGGAACGUAGUGGGACACGCGUAGCAACUCCAGUGCAGGCAUUUGAACGUAGCCUGACCAACCGUUCGUCUGUAGACUUGUUACAUCAUGUGGCCCUGAAACAGCUGUUCGAGCAGCUCUUGAAAUGCCCCAGCGCUGGACAUGACAUUUGUGACAUCAAUGCCUGUGUCCUGGUUUAGAUCUACGGUUUCCACCUCCGAGGUACAAAAAGAAUCCAGGACACAUCAUGAGAAGAAUAUCUCACGAUACCAGAAGAGGGAAGGAAUACUUAAUACAUUGUCUUGAGUGGUUUAUUAUUAACCGACUGACAAAAAAAAUUCCUUUUAACGUCCCCCUAAAAGACUCGGGAGAUUCCAGGACAGCAGCUACCUCUACAAGAGGACGAUCCUGGGAAAACCAGGGCAGGUGGCAAUGCUGGUUGUAGAAUGUUUGAAAAUCCUUUAAUGGAUCAGUGUGUAGGCCUUCUCCGGCCUUGGAAUUCAACACAUUAGAACGGAGAGUCUUGUUCGCUAAAUACAGUAAUAAUAGUCCUAAUUAAAUAUCCAUUAGCAUGAGUGUUUUCAUCACCCGCUAAAGAGGGCUGCGAUUUAUCAAUGGUUAAUAAAGACCUCUAUUUUAUAGUAAACAAUAGUGAUUUAUCAGCCUCCUUGAUUUCCGCUUGUUGAUUAUUAUUUAGAAGGUAUUUUCGUUGGACAAAUACUUAAUGUUAAUCCGAGGCAAUUUAUGCUUUGCAUAACAUUGGGUGGCAUUCGUCUUGUUAAAGGUAGACAUCGGUUAGGGAGUUGCAAUGCUUGCUGGGCAGAAGACUGUAAACUGUGAACGGUAUCGUGACGUGGUUGAGACCGAACUCAUAAAAAAGUAGAGCCUAAUAUUCUCAUCAUUAAAACGCUGAGCUGUGCAGGUUACGCUUGCAGAAUAUAGUAACACUAAUUUUGGAGACUCGUAUUGGGCUUGCUUUUAAAACUAUAAAGUAUAGUUUAUAAAAACAACAAAAAAUACAUGUGAAGAGCUGUAAAUACUUUACACUGCGAAGGCGAAAUAGCUUCCAUCUGCUCUGUUAAAAAAAAGGAAAAGUUUUUCCCCCCCACAACUAAUUGGCGUACAAUAACUCGGAUAGCGCUGCUCCACUGCACAACCGAGCUGCACCAGCUGGGGCUGUUCCCAACUGCAGAAGCCAAGCUGUGCCGGCGACGUCACACGCAGUGAACGUCAACCCCUUAUCAGUCCCGACCGUAUUACAGAUCAAUGCAGGCUUUAUUGGUCAUCCUGUGUCCUUAUAAUUCUCAACGUUCAUCCUACAAAGUCCCAUCACAAGGGAGAAACAAAAACAAACAGCCAAAAAAUGUUUUACUCCAUUUCCCUAAACAAGAAGAUGGGUAAACCCGUAUAGGGUUGACAGGUACGGUAUCGAGACUCAAGCAGAUGAUGUGGUGAUGCAACACGAUGAUGCAAUGAACCCGUCGUUAGCCGCACCCUCCGGCCCUGACUGGCCCCGAACCAGAUUCACACACGUCUUUUGGGACCGAGCGAAUCGCGGUGUGGUUUUUGUCUCGGCACGGCAAAUAUUCAGUGGAAAAGUGCCCACACCGUGAGGGCCUCCCCACCCCCCUCCCACCACGCUGGCUCGGCUCCCAAGUGCCAGUGGAAAAAGGGUAUCGGUGGGCACGUUUCCUUUGCUAGGGGAGUUCAGGUUAGCCCUGACAGUGGAGAAAAUUAGUUCUUCAUACUUGAUUUCAAGCUUUCGUGACUGCAGGAAUCCGUACUCUUUGGUUCUUUCGGUAAAGUCACGUAGGUAGAACAAUAAUAGAUCACGACGUUUCGAUCACAACACAAGCAAUCGUCGUCAGGUGGGACAACCACAGCAAGAUAAAAGCUGCUUCAUACCUACCUGUGUGGGGGAUCCCCCUCCUGGUUAUUUUUCGUGCUGAAAAUUCAACAGAUGAGUUGGCUGUGUGUGAAUAACUACGCCGUCCUGGUUACUCAGAUCGGUGCCAAGUGGCUAGACGAGUUUGUUUGCCCUGCCAGACUGACCCGCCUUCUGGAUGUUGGAUUGCAAAACGUGCGGCGGAACAACUUGGAUUGUGUUACCUGAGUACGGCAAUGCGAUCUUUCUCACGACUGAGGAAAUGGUGGCUCUGAUGUUAUUUUAUUGUUUAGGCUGUAUCUCUUUUAGAAGCUUCCAAUGCACGUGGAGUGAAACCCCCACAGGCAGCGUGCCAAACAGCACGCAGUUCAACCUGAAAACACAUCGGGGAGCCACAGUUCAGCUGCGAAUAAAGAAAGUACGAAUAAAUACUCCUGACGGUCUGUAACGGUUUUAUGCCGAAGACACUUGCUUCAAAUGUACGAUCCCCAAAUUAAACCAUUUCAACAAUGUUCUGGUCCGACGAAACUUUGAACACUCUUUAUUUCACAAAAUGAGAAAUACAAUUAAUGAAAAGCCCGAAGACAAGGCUGUGAAAUGCGUGCGACAUCAAGAGGUGACAAGCGGACGCAAAGUUCCGCACAUUAAGAGGCUGGUGUUAAGUGCGAGGAUUGGAACUGCGCGCUCUAUCCAUUGUGCAUUUAUCGGCGAAAUAAAUUCACCAAUUGUUUCUGUGCGGCGUGUUGAGAUGCGCGCUGCGGUUAAAUCGCUCUGCGAAUUUAAAUGAUUGAUUUUGCACAGCUGUCUCGCGCGUCUGCCCUCGCACGUUUAAAGCGCGGCUCGCGUGAUAAUUUUAUCGCCACACGGAGUCUUACGUUCUUCAAACCCAGGCGCUGGUGCCGCACGCAAGUGCGGAUUGGCACUCGUUUAUUCCGCAAAAACACGUUGUUUUCACGAGUCGUAAUCUCGCGUUCGCCGAGUGUUAACCUGGCAGUCGGCAUCCCUCGCGUUACAAUACUAGGCUUACAAUACCUUUAACUUGCCAAGCGAUUCUAUCCCGUUGCUCAACGUUCACCCUUUCUUCCCGACUACAUCUUCAAUGCGUUUGGCUCCGGACGACUGCGCCCCGUUGUGCGCCAAGCGCGUUCGUUGCCUUGCGAAAUCGUCAUUUUUCACAAAGCAAACAUGUGUUGUAUUUAUUUCUGGUGGAAUGCAACGUUAAAACUUGAAAAUUAAAAUCGGUCCUUGAUCACUGUU